UAGAUACCACCAUUAGUUCCAUCAAUGGCCAUCUCUGAAAACCCUGCAUUGGAUCAUGAAGACGAAAAUCUCAGUGAUGAGUGCAAGAAACUCCUCUUUUCUCUCCCAAAAGAGAAAGGUUGGAGAACCCUCCACCUCUUUCAAUUCCAAGGCUUCUGGUGCCAAUCAGCUGAAAUCCAGUCCAUAAUGGCUUUCCAAAAGUACUUCCAAGCUAGAGACACAGACAUAGUCUUGGCAAGCAUCCCAAAAUCAGGCACCACAUGGUUAAAAGCCUUGGCUUUCGCUAUUGCGAAUCGACACCAUUUCACAGUAUCAAAGUCUCAUCCCUUGCUCACUUCCAACCCUCAUGAUCUUGUGGCUUUCCUCGAGUACAAGCUCUAUGCAAACAACCAACGUCCUGACCUCUCCAAAGUUCCUGGGCCAAGACUGUUUGGCACACACAUUCCUUACCCUUCUCUUGGUACAAUCAGAAAGUCCAACUGUAAGAUUGUAUACAUCUGCAGAAACCCAUUUGACACAUUUGUGUCCUCUUGGCAUUUCAUUAACAAAGUGAAGCCACAAUCUCAAGCUCCACUCUCUCUCAACGAUGCCUUUGAUAUGUAUUGCAAGGGGAUCAUCGGCUUUGGUCCGUUUUGGGAGCACAUGCUGGGGUACUGGAAAGAGAGCUUAAACAGACCUGAAAAUGUCUUGUUCUUGAAGUAUGAGGAUAUGAAAAAAGAUAGUGCGUUUCAGUUAAAGAAAUUGGCAAAGUUUAUGGGUUUCCCUUUUAGUUUGAAGGAGGAGAGUGGUGGAGAGAUUGAGAAAAUAGCAACGCUUUGUGGUUUUGAGAACAUGAAAAAAUUGGAGGUAAACAGAACUGGCAAGUCUAUUAAGAACUUUGAGAAUAAUAAUCUGUUUAGAAAAGCCGAGGUGGGAGAUUGGGUGAACUAUUUGACCCCUGAUAUGGUUGAGAGGUUGUCCAAAGUCAUUGAAGAAAAGAUGGGAAGUUCAGGUUUGGCGUUCAAUGUGUUUCCCAGGAGUUAAGAAAGACCUGAAGGAAGGUUUAACUAAUAAUAUGGGUUGUGUACGUACGUCUUUUUAUUCUUAUAUAUUUGUAAAAUUCGAGUGUAUACAGAACUUGAACAAGAACCCAUGUAAACGUUUGUGUAUGCAAUUAAAUUUUAGAAUUAAUAUUACAACUAGCCGA